UCUUAUCUUAAAACCGACGGAAAAGCCAAAAAGAGAAAGAAGAAAACAUCCCGAACUUUCAACACUCCAUCAACAGUCACUCAAUCUCCAGUGCUGGAGCAGCGAAGAUAAUCGGUUUAGAGAUGUCGACCCAUGGGGAGGUAGUGUGCGUCACCGGAGCCAGCGGCAGCAUUGGCUCUUGGCUCGUCAAACUCCUCCUGGCUCGCGGCUACACCGUCCACGGGACCGUCAAAAAUCUCAGGGAUGAGAAAGAAACGAAGCAUCUGGAAUCUUUAGAAGGAGCGGAGUCACGUCUCCGCCUCUUCCAGAUCGAUCUCCUCGAUUAUGAUUCGAUCGCCACCGCGAUCAACGGCUGUGCUGGCGUCUUCCACCUCGCCUCUCCCUGCAUCGUCGACCCAGUUCACGACCCUCAGAAGGAGCUUUUGGAUCCUGCAAUUAAAGGAACGCUCAAUGUACUGACAGCUGCCAAAGAGCUCGGCGUUAAGCGCGUGGUCGUCACGUCUUCCAUCUCCGCCAUUACGCCCAGCCCGAACUGGCCAGCAGAUAAGAUCAAAGCAGAGGAUUGUUGGUCUGAUAUCGAGUACUGCAAGCACAAUGAAUUAUGGUAUUCAAUUUCUAAAACACUAGCUGAGAAGGCGGCAUGGGAAUUCUCCAAGGAGAAAGGUUUGGAUGUGGUGGUGGUUAAUCCAGGCACUGUGAUGGGUCCUAAUAUUCCUCCAACCCUUAAUGCUAGCAUGUUUCUGUUGUUACGCCUUCUGCAAGGCUGCACAGACACAUAUCAGGACAUUUUCAUGGGAUCUGUCCAUUUCAAAGAUGUUGCCUUAGCACACAUCCUGGUGUACGAGAACUCAUCAGCAACCGGAAGGCACUUGUGUGUCGAAGCUAUAUCUCAUUACGGUGACUUUGUCGCCAAGGUUGCUGAACUUUACCCUGAAUAUAAUGUGCCCAGAUUGCCAAGGGACACUCAACCUGGACUGUUGAGGGCUAAGAAUGGAUCUCAAAAGCUGAUGGACUUGGGGUUGGAAUUCCUUCCCAUGGAGCAGAUCAUCAAGGAUGCUGUUGAGAGUUUAAAAAGCAAGGGCUUUAUUUCAUGAAAUGUAACUUCUGAACUGAUAACCCUUGUUGUAUAAUUAAAGAGUGAAAGACUUGUAUGAAUAGUUGAAAUACCUGUAUGAAUAGUUUCAGGAGGAGAGACAGACAGUUGUAACAAUAACUCUUAAAAGACAUAUCUGACAGAAAAGAUGGUCGCUUCUCCAUUAAUCCCAGAUUCCACAAGGUAAAACAUUAUCCUUCUA